UAAAUCUUGAUGAGUGAGUCUUGAAUCUAUCAGUUUAGUUUAUAGUAGUCUUGAUGAGUAUUUAAUAUUAAUAAGAUCCUCUCCUCCAUUCCAUAGCUUUUCUACUUUUACUUUCUUCAUUCAAACUCUCUCUCUAAACUUCUCUUCAGAUCUUCAAGAAAAUUAAGAUGUCAAAGACCGGAGCUUUUGAUCUGGCCAGUGGUGUUGGCGGAAAGAUCGAGAAAGAUGAUGUUCUCGCUGCCGUUGAGAAGUAUGAGAAAUAUCAUGUCAGUUAUGGAGGAGAAGAUGAAGACAGAAAAUCUAACUACACGGACAUGGUCAAUAAGUAUUACGAUUUGGUUACUAGUUUCUAUGAGUUUGGCUGGGGAGAGUCCUUUCAUUUUGCUCACAGAUGGAAUGGAGAAUCUCUCCGCGAGAGCAUCAAACGCCACGAGCACUUUCUUGCUUUGCAACUGGGAUUGAAGCCUGGGCAAAAGGUAUUGGAUGUGGGAUGUGGUAUUGGAGGACCACUCAGGGAAAUUUCUCGAUUCAGCUCAACAUCUGUGACUGGUUUGAAUAACAAUGAAUAUCAAAUAACAAGGGGGAAGGAACUGAACCGGAUUGCAGGGGUCGACAAGACUUGUAAUUUUGUCAAAGCUGAUUUCAUGAAAAUGCCAUUCAGUGAUAAUACAUAUGACGCUGUGUAUGCCAUUGAAGCAACAUGCCAUGCACCUGAUGCUCUUGGGUGCUAUAAAGAGAUAUACAAAGUGUUGAAGCCUGGGCAACAUUUUGCUGCAUAUGAGUGGUGCAUGACAGAUGCCUUUGAUCCCAAUAAUCAGGAACACCAGAAAAUCAAGGCAGAAAUUGAGCUUGGUGAUGGGCUUCCGGACAUCAGAUCAACAAAACAAUGCCUUGAUGCUCUAAAAAAAGCAGGAUUCGAGGUGAUUUGGGAGAAAGAUCUUGCAGCUGACUCUCCAGUUCCUUGGUACUUGCCUUUGGAUACAAAUCACUUUUCUUUGAGCAGUUUUCGUUUAACUUCUUUAGGACGUUUCUUCACGAGAAACCUGGUCAAAACUCUAGAAUUCAUCAGGCUUGCUCCUAAGGGGAGCCUAAGAGUUCAAUCUUUUCUAGAAAAAGCUGCUGAAGGACUUGUUGAGGGUGGAAGGAGAGAGAUCUUCACGCCCAUGUACUUCUUCUUGGCUCGGAAGCCAAUUUCAGAUAGCUAGUAAGAAGUAAUUGUAGACUGAUUUGGAUUCAUACCUUCAGCGCAAGUUGUGAGUAGGAGGUAUAUAUGGACUGAUCUGGAUUCAAGCUUCAAUGCGGUCUUUUGUGUAGCUUUUAGCUCAUGUAGAAUGUUGCUUGCUCACUAGGGUCUUUUUCUUCUUAUACCUCUCGUUUAUUUCAUUUCUGUUUCUAGCAUAUCGUUUUCACUUUUCACCAUAUGCUCUUGUACUCUCUAACUUCGACAAAAUGAUGGCUUGAUAUUGUCAAUGUGAAAUUUUGCUGCAUUAUCACUU